AUGACCAGCCGGGGGUCGGGGGAGACUGUCUACGCGGCUCUGGCCCGGGGCGGUAUAUGCCCAGGAGGGGCAGCUCUGGCGACCCCAACCCUUCCACGUCCUCUUCUGUCCAAGUCCGAAACCGGCGGCGCGCCCGGAAGGCGAGGGGCGAGCCAAGAGAAAGAGGAAAGCAGUGCUCUCGGACUCGGUGCGCCUCCCUCCCUUAGCACCCCAACUCCGACUUCUUCUUCCAGGCAGGGCGGCCUCAGCGAUUCGGUCGGGUCGCGGGCUGGGCUCCGGACUAAAAGGACAACUUCAGGAAACUUCCUCCAGUGGCCACGUUGCCCGCCCCCCGCCCCCUCCCCGCCCCCUGGUUGGGUCGUCCGGGAGGACGCAGUCACAGCGGUUCCAGGCGCCUUGCCCCGGGGGCCGGGCGGUAGCCGAGCGUGGCGGCAGACGCCGGCGGCAUCUGAUGGGGCCGAGCCACCCCUGUCGGCUCCACAGCCCUGGCGCCCAAUCUGGGGACUCUCGGUCCCUCCCAGGGGCGCUGGGCCCGGGCGCGCCCUCGGCUCCGCGCCCAGCCAGCUAGCAAACUUUGCGGGUCCAGCGGCCCGGCGCGCAACCCCGCGCGCCCAUGUCCGCGCCGGCUGCGGGGUGAUGGGGACGUCUUCUGGGCUGGGCGUCCCGGACUGUUGUUGCAGGCGCCUGGGCACGAAGCCUCCUGCCGGCCGGAGGAUGGAGACCGGCGGUUCUGCCCUCCGCCGCGCCCUGGCCGGAGCUCUAGGCAAGACGCACGGAGAGCCCGGCGGGCAGCCCCGGCUCCGGAGGCGCGGCGCCUCCUCGGACGCCCGCGCUAGCCGACCGCCCUUGCGCGAAGAGCAACGGCCGCCGCGCCCGCCCCAGAGCUUCGGCCGCGCCGCCGCUCGCCGAGCCCGCCGCCCUCCGCUUCCCGGGCUCGGCGUCCGGGGAGCCGCUCCUGCCUGUGCCGAGCCAGAGCUGCGGGGGCAGCGUGAGCCGGUGACGAGCGCGGCGGAGGCGGAGGCGGCGACGCGGAGAGGGGGGCAGAGCGCUACCCAGUGGCCACGACUGGAGAGCAGCCUCCGCGCGGGGAGGGGUGUGGGGUAG